AUGCCUCUCCACAAACUUGACGACAUGAAGUCUGACGCGUAUACGGAGGCUUGGGUCGAGGGCCCACAGUCAACCAAGUUCUACACUCGGGUCUACAAAGCGAAAGAAGAAAGCAGCAAGGCCGUGCUUGUCUUCGUUCACGGCUUCGCGGAGCAUGUUGGCCGCUAUACCGAGGCCCACCCCGUAUUUGCAGAGCAUGGAAUCAGCGUGUUUGCCUUUGACCAGCGCGGGUUUGGGCGGACCGCACUCGACAAGGCGAAUAAGAGCAAGUCAAGCGCGUAUGGGAAGACGAGCGGGCCUGACCAGAUGGGCGACAUCAAGUGGGCAAUCCAGCACGCGCAAAAGGAGUUCCCGGGCCUGCCUGUCUUUCUCGCGGGCCACUCGAUGGGGGGCGGGGAGGUGCUUAACUUUGCGACACGCUACGCAGACGACGCCAAGGCGAUGCUGACAGGGGUUAUCGCUUGCAGCCCCCUUGUCCACCAGACCACACCCGCCUCCAAAAUUCAGCGUUGGGCAGGCGGAAUGAUCGCUAAUGGUGUCCCCUAUUUCACAAUCCCCACCCCGCUCAACUACGACGACCUGUCGCAUGACGAAAACUACAACAAGAUGUGCAAGACAGACGAACUCUCCAAGCUGCAGGGCACGCUGCGUGGGGUGUCGGAUAUGCUCAGUUGGGGCGAACUCUUGCUCACUGAACAGUACAAGAAAUGGCCCAAGACACUUCCUGUACUACUCGUCCACGGUACUGGAGACAAGAUCACCUCUUCGAAAGCUGCAGAGAACUACAUCGAGAAGCUCGCUGCCGACGACAAGGAGACUAUUCUCUACACUGACGGAUACCACGAACUGGUGCAUGAACCCGCGCACCGCGAGAAGUUGCUCAAUGACAUGAUUGCCUUCAUUGAGAAGCAUAUACCCAAACCGUCGGCAGUUGAGGCGAAGCUGUGA